AUGGACCAAACAGAAGAAAGAAAAUCCAGAUAUGUUGCUCACCCUUCAACUCUUUCUAAGUCAUUCAAUAAUUGGAUUCUUGAGUUCAAAAAUUUGAAGGUUAUGAAGAAGAAUUCUGAGAAAAGGGUAGAAGAUCUUGAAAAUUUCAACACUAGGCUCACUCCCGUAUACGAGGCUAUAUUAAAAGAAAACAUCGACAUUGGUCAUACUUGGAUUGUUGUUGAAUCCAUGGAAAGAUUGUAUGAAGUCAAGUCUCCCCGGUCUCAUUCUGUAGAUCUGUUGGAGGGAACUUGUACGUGUCACAGGUGGCGAGUAAAUGGUUUUCCUUGUGCACAUGCUUGUGUUGCCAUUCAAGCUACGAGGGAGGAUAUUUAUUCAUUUGUUGAUCCAUACUUCACCACUGAAUGGUAUAACAAUACAUACCAGGAGAUCAUCUUGCCAAUCCCCAAUUAUGACAAGCCGCGGUCUUAUGAUCCUAGUGAUAGGGUUAUUGUUCCUUUUCAUGUUCCUCCACCUGGUAGACGAAGAGCACAACGUUUUAAGAAUACUUGGGAGAAGCAAAAGAGGCAUAUGAUGUGCACAAAGUGCUUCACCCUUGGUCACCACAACAGAGCUACUUGCCCCAUGAUUUGA